ACUGUGUGAGCAAUUUUAACAUAAAAAGAAAUAACUCAUAAUGCACUUAAAUGCAACUAUUAAGUAUUAUAUACAUCAUGUAUUUGCAAUCAAAUUAAAUUAUUAACGUUAUAAUCUAUUGACAAUUAUUUAGGUUAUAGUUCCUACCCAUGUCCUCCUCAUAUUAUAUCUGCCACACACCCACCUAUAAUGGUAUAGUUUAUAAUUAUUAGUGUUGGAUGAUGGUAUUUGUAUAUUUGUACAUAUUUAUAGUUAUAUUGAUGCCUGAAGUUGAGUAUCCAGUAAUUUGUUUUCAUAAUUUGAAGUUUAAUAAAUUAUUGAGCAUGAUGGAGCUAGUGAAGAUUGCUAAAACAAAUUUACGUAAUAACUUAAAAAAAAAAUUGUCACAAAUGACGGCUAGUGAAAUCGCUGAACAAUCAAAAAUCAUAACUAACAAAAUAUUAUCUCAUCCAGUAUACACAAGAAGCAACAGAGUGUCAAUAUACCUCAGUAUGGAUUCUGAAGUACAAACAAAUAGUAUUGUUGAAAACAUUUUCGACUCAGAAAAAAUAUGCUUUAUUCCUAAGUACAACAAAUCUGAAAUGCUUAUGGUGAAGAUAAAAUCAAUAGAUGAACUUAAUAGUUUGCCAAAAACCAGUUGGAAUAUAUCACAACCAGCCGAUGAUGAUGUGCGUGAGGAUGCAUUGACAACAGGUGGUUUAGAUUUGAUAAUAGUGCCAGGCUUAGGUUUCACCAUGGAUGGAAAACGAUUAGGACGAGGAAAAGGUUAUUAUGAUCAAUGCAUAACUGAAUAUAAAAAAAAAUAUCCAUUUAAUAAUUUGAAAACCAUUGGAUUGGCAUUUAGUGAACAAAUAUGUGAUGACAUACCAAUGAGUCAACAAGAUAGUUUAAUAGACUUUAUAGUUUGUCCUUAAUUAUUAUGAUAGUCAAUUAUAUGUGCCAUAUUAUCUAUGUAGGGAAAUGAAAAUAAAUGUUUUAGUUUUAUCAAAUGUUUAGAAUCUUAAGUACUUAAUUAACUGUGAUCAAUAUUUUUAUACAUUUAACCUGGAUUGGUUAAAAUACUUUUAUCUAAAAUAAAUAAAUAAAUUAAAUAUUAUAUUUUAUACUUUGACACAUUUAUAUAUACAUCAUAUUAUGUUUUUUAUUAUAAAUUAUUAUUGUUACAAUUAAUUUACAAUAAGAUUAUCUUAUAAGCUAAUCAUUAAGUAUAAUAUAAACAAUAAACUAAUAAUUAUUGUAAAAAUGAAUACAAAUAUUACCGAAUUCAUAAUUCAUUAUAAUUGAAUACUAUAUAGUAACAUUCCUAAAUUAUAAAUACCUAAUUCUAGUAUUUAAUGAGUAUACCUGCAUACAUAAAUUACAAAUACCAUAUGGCUAUAAAUUAUUAUAAUCAGUAGUCACAAAUUAUAUUAAUGCUGUAUUCUUAUAUUUGAAAGUUUACAAAAUUAAAAAUAUAUUCAACAUAAUAAAAUGUCUAGACAAAUAAAUAUUAUAAAAAAA